UGACACAUCCUGGUGGUGAUAGAGGAUCUCCGCAGGCUCCAGCGGCUCUGCGGAGGAUCGGGAUGCUCUUCACCUCCUCCUCUUCCUCUUCCUCCUCAUCUUUUUCCUCCUUUCCACGGACGCGGACCAUCUGAACGCCCGGUAACUUGGAUCACACCAACUCCCAUCCAGAACCGGAACCAGUUCACAUCCAGGCACUGGGUCCGGAAAAGGCGGAUAUGGUACCGAACUGGAGGUUCUAGCGCGUGCGUUUGUUUACAGAACAAAUUAAUUGUAAUAGUGAUAAAACCCGGUCGCUUUUGUUUGGGUUCGUGAUGGAAAUACGGGCUCAUCCGCGCGCGUACCUUUGAUUAUCCUUUCAUCUCCGCGCGCGCUCACCUGUCAGGACUCAUGUCUCAGAUCCAGCACGCGGUUCCGGACGGACCGAUCCGGUACACGCAGAUCUGCACCCGCAGCACCAGCUGCUCCUCCCCGCAGACCUCAUCCUCCGCCGCCGGCACCGAGCCGCCGUCCUGCCCCGGACACCGCGGCCGGACCCCCCGCAGGAAGUGGCAGGUGUUCCCGGGGCGGAACCGGUUCUACUGCGACGGGCGGGUGAUGAUGGCGCGGCAGACCGGGGUGUUCUACCUGACCCUGGUGCUCAUCCUCCUCACCAGCGGCCUCUUCUUCGCCUUCGACUGCCCCUACCUGGCGUCCAACCUGAGUCCGGCCAUCCCGGCCGUUGGCGCCGUCCUCUUCAUCUUCGUCAUGGGGAUGCUGUUCAGGGCGAGCUUCAGCGACCCCGGGGUCCUGCCCAGGGCGACGCCCGACGAGGCCGCCGACCUGGAGAGGCAGAUCGACUCGACCAGCUGCUCCAAGCCUCCUCCUCGCACCAGAGAGGUUCUCAUCAACGGUCAGACCGUCAAGCUCAAGUACUGCUUCACCUGCAAGAUCUUCCGGCCGCCGCGGGCUUCCCACUGCAGCCUCUGUGACAACUGUGUCGAGCGUUUCGACCAUCACUGCCCCUGGGUGGGGAACUGCGUCGGACGGAGGAACUACCGCUUCUUCUACCUCUUCAUCCUCUCCCUCUCCUUCCUCACCAUCUUCAUCUUCGCCUUCGUCAUCACACAUGUCGUCCUCAGAUCAAACCGGACCGGAUUCCUGACCACACUCAAAGACAGUCCAGCUAGCAUCCUGGAGGUGGUGGUGUGCUUCUUCUCCGUCUGGUCCAUCGUGGGCCUGUCAGGCUUCCAUACCUACCUGAUCAGCUCCAACCAGACCACCAACGAGGAUAUCAAAGGAACCUGGUCCAAAAAGGAGGGAAAGGACAAUUACAACCCCUACAGCUACGGAAAUGUCCUGACCAACUGCUGCGCGGCGCUGUGUGGGCCGCUGCCUCCCAGUCUGAUCAACAGGAGGGGUCUGAUCCAGGCCGACACGCCGCAGACCGCCCCCCAGUCCAACGGGACCGGCGGCAGCAGCUACGCCCCCACGCAGCUCCACAGCCGCAUGUGCGACCAGGACCAGUGUCUCCAGAGCACCAAGUUCGUCCUGCAGGCCGCCGCCACGCCGCUCCUCCACAGCGACCCUGUCGUCCUGCCACCUCUCCCCGCCAAGCCCGCCUCGCUGGGCGGGCCCUGUGCCUACCUGGCGCCCGCCCAGCCGUCGCUGCCGUCCUGCGCCGGAGACGUCCUGACACUGAGGAACGCCGCCGUCGACUCCCACUGCCACCAUCACCUGCACUUGCACCACCUGCACCACCACCAGCACUUUGUCAGCCCCGAGGAGACGCCCUGCGGGACGCCGCAGGGGGCUCUGCCCUGCCCCGCCCACAUGCACUUGCAGCACCCGGCGCCCCAGGUCCGCUACGACCCCGUGACCCAGGACUCGCUGCACGAAGACUCGGUCAGAGGAUUGGUGAAACUCAGCUCCGUCUGAACUGCUGGACAGAAAAACUUCAGGAAUGUAAAAAAAAAAAACUUUAAAAUGACUAAAAACUGAUUUAUUUUUUAUUUUUAUGGCUUCUGAGUUUCUAAUUCCACCUUUUCAGAGUUUAAUUUGGAACUGCGAAAGUUCAUAUUUUCACUUUUUGGUGUAUUUUAAAUGAAAAAACAAAACACAAAGUUUUUCAUCAGUGGAGAAAAGGAUGAUGGUGGGAGAGAUAUUUGGAGCUAAAUACAAUACAAUCCUGGAAGUGCUGGGAUGGCCUAAUCAAAGUUCAACUGAGAAUCUGCUAAACGUGAAAACUUUCAGAGUGAGUUUGAGAUGUUUUGUGAAGAAGAAGUGAUCAGAGCUGAACAAAGAAAACCUGCAGCAGGAAGAGAUUCAAAUAUUUUCUGAAUGAAAAAAGCAUGCCACACUUUUCAGAUUUACUUCCACUUGCCGGUGAGGGACUACUUUGUGUUCCUAAUAAAAAACACAGAAGUUUAUGGUUUUUAAUGUGGCAGAAUGUGGAAAAGCUUGGUACAUGUUAAUACUUCCGCAGGGUUCUGGGUUCGUCAAUGCUUUUAUUUUGAAAUUCAGAACUUUGGGUUGUUUGGUUUCAGGUGUUUAACGCAUUCAGGUGAAGCAGCUUGAGCUGCACCAGGACCAAAGCCGGAUUUCUCUUCUUUCAACCUUCAUCUUCCUCCUCAGAGACAAAUUUAUUGGACUUUAAAUCCAGAAUAAGCUAAUUGAUGUUGAUGACGAUUCCUUCUUCUUCUUUGAUUGUUUCUGCAGAGCUAUAGAGCUGAUGCGGCUCAGCUACACUGCCACACACAGUGUCAAGUUUUAUACCGAUGUUGUCUUCACUGGAUUGAAUUAAACUAUUCUAUGCUUUUAUUCUGAAGGUCAUAUAUUGUUUCCUUGCUGAAACCCUUCAGAUUAAAAGAUCCACAGAUAAACUUUCACAGAUAAAAACUGAAGUUAUCAAACUCCUCAGAGAGAA